AUGUUACUACCACCAAACCACCUCAUCAUCGUCUGCGGCCACGCCAUCUGGCUCGGCGGCCCAGAAAACGGCUGGGACGAAUCCGAAUGGCUCAUUGAGCCUUACAAAAAGGGCGAAACGCCCACGUUUAUUGCCCACAUCAAAGCAGGUCUUGAAGAACUCGCAAAAGAUGACCGCGCAGUGUUGAUGUUCUCUGGCGGCCCAACCCGCCCCGAAACGCGCCUUUCCGAAGCCCAAAGUUACUACAACCUAGCCCUCGCCAACUCCUUCUUCGACCUUCCGCCUUCUUCCGGCCCUUCCGCUGCCGCCCCCUUUUCGAACCGCAUCUUUUUGGAAGAACGCGCCCUGGACUCCUACUACAACAUCCUCUUCUCCCUCAUCCACUAUUGGCGCGUCGUCCACCCUCAGCACCCUCAGCACGCCUGGCCGGAGCGCAUCACCAUCGUGAGCCACGCCUUCAAGCGGAACAGGCUGGUGGACGGGCACUGCGCUGCCAUUUUCGGUUUGGACUCCUCCUCGUUGGAGUUGGAGGAGAGGGUGAGGUUUGUGGGUAUUAAUCCGCCUGGGGUUGGUGGCGAUGGAGUUGUUGAAAUGGAUAAGGAGUCGAACGAGAAGAAGGAAGCUAUGCAAGGGGUGCAGUUGGCUUUGGGACAGUGGGCUGAGGAUCCACAUGGGGUGGGGGAGGAGUUGGCUGAGAAGAGGAGGGCGAGGAAUUGUUGGGGGGUGGAUCAGCGGUUGUUUUUCAGUGAGGAGGAAAGGAGGAGUAGCGGAGUUGAGACGAGGAUUUUGGAAGAUGGGAGCGAAGUGCUGGUUGAUGGGGAUAAGCCAAGGCCUUGGGCAAGGUGAGGGAUGGCGUCAUGAUUGUGUGGUCUACAAAUCUGUGGAAUGGCAAUUCUACAUCUAAUCAUACAAGGCAACUGGGGAACUCAAAGAUCUGGUAGAAUUGUUGAUUCUGAUGAGGAGAGGAAAAUACCACGUCAAGGGCCUAAGGCCCGAGGUUUAUAUAC